CUUCUGCCUCGCGGAGGUGGGCACGCUCGCCGCGGCAGAGAGAUUACUUCCCUGUACCCGUCCUUGCGCUCCAGUUAGUCUCACGAAAGUGUAGGCAUCCAGGCAGUUGGCUCGUUCCGAUUACCGAAGCACCCUCCCUUCGGUGAUAGGAGCGCAGGUUUUGGGCGGUGACUCGGCCAUGCCGAACUCGCGAUCCAGGCCCCGCCAGGGCGCUGGGAGUGGUUCGGGGGCAGCCGGGCGAGACGAGCUGGUGUCGCGGUCCUUGCAGAGCGCAGAGCACUGCCUGGGCGCCCAGGACUUCGGCACCGCCUAUGCCCACUACCUGCUCGUGCUCAGCCUGGCGCCGGAGCUGAAAGACGAUGUGAAGGAAACUUUUCAGUACACGCUAUUCAGAUGGGCUGAAGAACUUGAUGCUCUCAGUCGAACACAAGACUUACUUGGUUGCUAUGAGCAAGCCUUGGAGCUGUUUCCUGAUGACGAAGUGAUUUGCAAUAGUAUGGGGGAGCAUCUCUUCAGGAUGGGCUUUAGGGAUGAAGCAGCUGGGUAUUUUCGUAAAGCGGUGAAGUUAAACCCUGAUUUCAGUGAUGCAAAGGAGAAUUUUUAUCGCGUUGCAAACUGGUUGGUGGAACGCUGGCACUUCAUCAUGCUUAAUGACACCAAAAGGAAUACGAUUUAUAACGCAGCAAUCCAAAAGGCGGUUUGUUUGGGGUCCAAAAGUGUUUUGGACAUUGGAGCAGGAACUGGAAUACUAAGCAUGUUUGCUAAAAAAGCUGGAGCGCACUCGGUGUAUGCCUGUGAGUUAUCCAAGACCAUGUAUGAACUUGCCUGUGAUGUCGUGGUAGCAAACAAGAUGGAAGCAGGGAUCAAACUCUUACACAUGAAGUCACUUGACAUAGAAAUCCCAAAACACAUUCCUGAAAGAGUGUCCCUAGUUGUAACAGAAACUGUCGAUGCAGGUUUAUUUGGAGAAGGAAUUGUGGAGAGUUUGAUUCAUGCAUGGGAGCAUUUACUUUUGCAGCCAAAGACCAAAGGUGAAAAUGGUAAUUGUGAAAAAUAUGGGAAAGUUAUACCGGCAAGCGCUGUCAUAUUUGGGAUGGCAGUAGAAUGUGCAGAGAUAAGAAGACAUCAUAGGGUGGGUGUUAAGGAUGUUGCUGGGAUCUGUUUGCCAACAAAUGUGAAAUUUCAGAGUCCAGCUUGUUCUUCUGUAGAUGCCGAAGAAACAAUUGAACCAUAUACAACCGAAAAGAUGAGUCGAGUUCCUGGGGGAUAUUUAGCUUUGACAGAGUGCUUUGAAAUUAUGACAGUAGACUUCAACAAUCUUCAGGAAUUAAAAAGUCUUGCAACUAGAAAACCUGAUAAAAUCAGUACUCCUGCUAUUAAAGAAGGCGUGCUAGAUGCUGUUGUGGUUUGGUUUGUGCUCCAGCUGGAUGAGGAACACAGUUUAUCCACAAGUCCUAGUGAGGAAACAUGCUGGGAACAGGCUGUCUACCCCAUACAAGAUCUUGCAGACUACUGGAUAAAGCCUGGGGACCAGGUGAUGAUGGAAGUGUCUUGUCAAGAUUGUUACUUAAGAAUCCAGGGUAUCAGUGUCUUCAAUUCUGAACACGAAAUGGAUGUUGGGAAAAGUUUCACCAAGAAUGAAGACUUGCUCUGUGUAGGAAACGAGGCUGAACUCUGUAGUGCCCUGGCUAACCUUCAGACCAGUAAACCGGAUGCUGGGGAGCAGACAUGUGUGUUGGAAUCCACAGAAAUCGCUUUGCUUAAUAACGCCCCGUAUCACGAAGGCUUUAAAAUGGCAAUGAGGAAAGUGCUGUCUUCGCUGACUCCGGAGAAAGUGGGUCAGGCCAUGGACGCUCAGUGUCAGAGGAAGGGGAUGAGCUGUGGCAGUGGACAGAGUGGCUCAGAACAGAGCGUCCCUGAACCUUUCUAUGUGUUGGACGUGUCGGAGGGCUUCUCCAUUCUGCCUGUGAUGGCCGGCAUGCUUGGGCAGGUCAGGCCUUACAGCUCUGUGGAGAAGGAGCAGCACCGCACCGCCCUGGACCUCAUAUCUGACGCCAGUCACUUUCCUAGAGAAACACUUGAGUUUUGGCUGAGACACGUGGAAGAUGAGUCUGCGGUGUUGCAAAGGCCAAAGUCAGACAAGUUGUGGAGCAUAAUUAUAUUGGAUGUCAUCGAGCCGUCUGGGCUCAUUCAGCAGGAGAUAAUGGAGAAAGCUGCAAUAUCCAGGUGUUUGUUGCAGUCUGGGGGCAAGAUCUUUCCCCAGUACGUGCUGAUGUUUGGGCUGCUUGUGGAAUCACAGACGCUGGUGGAGGAGAGUGCUGUGCAAGGAACGGAACGGACUCUUGGAUUAAAUAUAGCGCCUUUCAUUAACCAGUUUCAGGUCCCUAUACGUGUAUUUCUGGACCUGUCCUCACUGCCCUGUGUACCUUUAAGUGAGCCAGUGGAACUGCUAAGACUAGACCUAAUGACGCCGUAUUUGAACACCGCUAACAGAGAAGUAAAGGUACGCAUUUGUAAAUCUGGACAAGUGACUGCCAUUCCAUUUUGGUAUCAUCUGUACCUUGAUGAUGAGAUUAGGUUGGAUACUUCGAGUGAAGCCUCCCACUGGAAACAAGCUGCAGUUGUUUUAGACAACCCCAUCCAGGUGGAAAUGGGAGAUGAACUUGUACUCAACGUCCAGCACCACAAAAGCAAUGUCAGCAUCACAGUGAAGCAAUGAAGAGCAGUUUUCCAAUGAAAAAAUGUGGAAAUAGAGCAGCAAGUUCACAAUUCUUCUAGUCUGAAUGAGUCGUGGGAUUGUAAUCAUAAAAUGGAGUUAUGAAGAUUUAAUUCCUUGUAAUGGUCGAAUGUUUUUUAAAAUGGACAUUAAUAAAGUGUAUUUAAAAGAU